GUUUGUGACGUCCCGCGCACUUCAUCGCGAAGCUCUGUCAGAGGGUCCCGUUUCGUAGCUACGGUGCCUCCUCCUUCCUGGGGGUGAGUAGCAGACGGGCGGGCGAUCUGCGCCAGGUGUCUACGUCCCGCCGAGGAGACAGAAGCUUAAGUGAAAAUGGUACAUAUUAGAAGACAUGAAACAAGGAAAAAUUCUAAAACUCAAGAGUGUGAACAGAAAUCUCGAGUGGAUUGGAGGCGGACUAAAAGAAGUAGUCUCUCACAAUUAUGUGAUAGUGAUGAUGAACUUGAGAGCGAUGAGGAGCUUGAUAGUGAUGAAAGUGUUGACAAUAAUGAAAGUGUUGACAGUGACGAAGAGCCUGAUAGUAACGAGGGGCUUGAUAGUAAUAAGAAGCCAGAAAAUGAAAGAGAGCUUAAAUUAAUUAAAGUUGAAAGUGAAGGAAACAAUAGUAAGCAUCUCAUUAACACUGGCAACAGUUCAACAUAUGAAGAAGAAAAGAACAAAACCAAACAUGGAAGUAUUGACUUACCAGAUCAUGAAAAGCAUUCAGGUCAAGAGGAAGAUGAUCUCAACAAACACUCUGGACAAAUAACAGAGGAGGAUUUAGAAGAAGAACACAUCAAGCGAGGGAAGAGAAAAAGGACCUCCUCUGUGAUGUACGACAGUGAUGAAAGUGACGACAGUGAUAUCCUUGUUAGAAAAGUGGGAGUUAAACAUCCACGUAGAGUGGUUGAAGAUGAAUGUUCUUCAGUGGAGAUGGAGCAAAAAGAACCUGAAAAAACUUUAGCUGCAAGAAAGCGAGAACAGCUCCAGAAACUGCAAGACCUCUCAAAACAGAGAUCUCGUCAGAGACGCAGUAGUAGUAGAGAUUUUGAGGACUCUGAAAAGAAAUCCUGCCCAAGCAGUGAUGAAAAUGAUGAUGAGGAGGAGGGGAAGGAGGAAGAUGAUUAUGAAUAUGAUGAAGAUGGAGAUGAUUAUGUUAUUGAUGACUUUGUAGUGCAAGAUGAGGAGGGUGAUGAAGAGAAUAAAAGCCAACGAGGAGAAAAACUGAAAUUAGUAAAGCAGAAUUCUCUUUAUUCUUUUAGUGACCACUAUACUCACUUUGAAAGAGUUGUGAAGGCUCUUCUGAUCAAUGCUCUAGAUAAAUCUUUUCUGGGAACAUUAUAUGAUGGCACCAGGCAAAAAUCAUAUGCACAAGAUAUGUUGACAUCUCUUCAUUAUUUGGAUAACCGCUUUGUUCAGCCUCGUCUAGAGAACUUAGUCUCUAGAAGUCGUUGGAAAGAGCAAUAUAAGGAGCGAGUAGAAAAUUAUUCUGAUGUAAGUAUCCAUUUGAAGAAUCCUGAGAACUGUUCCUGCCAGGCUUGUGGAUUGAAUCGCCACUGUAGAUAUUCGGUGCAUUUAUCAGGAAAGUUAUAUAACACCAGGACUAUGGAAAUAGAUGAUUUCAUGUCACAUGAUAAACAGGUGUUUACUGUUGGCAGAAUUUGUGCUAAUCGUACCAGAAUUUACCAUGAACUGAAACAUUUUAAAUUCAAGCUGUACCAGGAAUGUUGCUCCAUUGCAAAGACAGAAGAGGUUGAAGAUGAACAGGUUAAAGAAACAGUGGAGAGAAUUUUCAAUCAGUCAAAAGAAAGUGGCUGGAUUAAGGAGAAAUACAGUCAACUUCAAGAAUAUCUCAGUUCUGCGGAUUACUUUCAAGAUGAGAAGUUUGACUGAAUUGUAACACAUUUCCUUCAGAGAAGAUUUUAUAAAUUCCUGUAAAUUUGAAGAUCAUGAGUCUUGUUUCUCUGUAUCAUGUGACAUUUAUAUAUUUUAUGUAUAGGUUCAUGGCAAAAUAUCUUGUGUGAAACAUAUGUUCAUCUUAAUUUCCAUGAAAUGGCGCUCUACAGUCUAAUAAAACUUUUAUCCACUGUACAUAGAAAACAUAAGCUUAAUCAUUGUUAAGUGUAUUUUAAAGUUAUAUAACAAUGCCUUUAUAACAUACGACUAUCAAGUGAAUGAGCUGUUCAUGUACUGUCAGUUUAAUAGAAAAACACUGUAUUUAAAAAAUGUAUUUAGACUAACAUCUAUACGUAUUUAUUGCUGAAUUCCUGCCCAGAUCUGUUUAUUACCCUUUUGCAGUAUUAAAUGAUCUUCACUAAUACACUUUUUACUACUGUCAUUAUCUAAAUCAGUGGGCCAUGAAAGAAACCUCAGUGUCUCAUUCAAUUCAGUUUCCUUGCCUCAGAAUCAGACUGUAGUUUACCCAUUUUAAGUAGAGGAGUGCUUUUUCUCCUCUUCCAGAGUUUCCCUUACGAAUAGAUUUCAGGCCUCCAGAGUCUUCCAACCCUCACAUUCAGGAAUAAUUUUAUGAUAUGUAUUUUCAUGCUUCAUAAUGUUCGUUCUUUUUCCUAUCCAAUUUUGUCUACAGGUUAAUGAUUUAAGAUGUAUUUUAUUUAUUUUUAUCCAUUACUUUUCCCACAUAAGUAUUUAUGUUAGGAUCAGAAGAUCUCAGAGAGACAAAUUCAGCCAAAAAUAGUUUAAAAGCAUAUUUUGGCAUCUUCAUUGCUUUGCACAUCUAAAUUUUCACUUAAUAUAAAUAUAAUAAAGUAAAUAAUAAAGUAAAAUGGUUUCAGAGUGAACAAAUGGACCA